AUGCCAGCCGAACGUCUCAAAAUCGCCAUCGCCGGCGGCGGCAUCGCCAGCCUCUGUCUCGCCCAUUCCCUCACGACCAAACACCCCCAAUGGUCCGUCAAGAUCUUCGAAGCAAGCCCCCAAAUUCGAGACGAAGGCGCCGCGAUCGGACUCGCGACCAACGCCCAAGAAGCUCUGGGACUCAUCUCGCCGAGUCUGAGGGAGGCGUUGGAUGAGGCGGGGGGCGUGCCUUGUGUCCCGGCUGUGAGGAUUAUGGUUGGAACGGGAAAAAAUUCUGGUCUCCAUGUAGGCGACGUCCCGCAGCCCACGCCGCAGAUCACCGUCCACCGCACGGCAUUUUGGAACGCUCUGCGGCAACGAAUCCCAGACGACGUCCUCCAGCUAGGCAAGAAACUCGCCUCCAUCACCUCCAACAACCCCAACUCCAACUCCGAACACCACCCCAUAACCCUCACCUUCACCGACUCCACCACCGCCACCGUCGACGCCCUCAUAGGCUGCGACGGUAUCAACAGUACCGUGCGCCUGCACGUCCUCGGGCCGGCGUACGCACCCGUCUACACGCAGGGUUAUAACCACCGGGUCGUAGUCCCCCUCGCGGAGGCGGAGGAGGCGUUCGGGAAGGAGUACUGUAGUCUGCGCACGCAGUAUGGAUGGAUUGGGGAGGGAGGGUUCUUGCUGACGGAUCAUUGUGAUCAGGGGAGGAGUAUGCAGGUCAUUGCGGGGUGGAGCGAUAGGGGGCCUUGGCCGUACGAGCUGCCUUGGGUGGAGUGGGAUCGGGAACGGCUGAAGAGGGAUUUGGAGGAUUGGGGGGAUGUUGGGAGGGCGAUGUUGAAGAUCUUCCUCCGCCAACCCACCCUCCACGCCGCCGCCGGCCGCAUCCACCCCCCAACGCCAACCUACAUCUCCCCCUCCGGUCACAUCUGCCUCGCCGGCGACGCCGCGCAAUCCUUCCCUCCCUUCCUCGGCGCCGGAGCAGGCCAAGCGAUCGAAGACGCCUUGCUCCUCUCCACCGUGCUAGGCCUCGUCGAAACCCCUGAGGACAUCCCCCGUGCGCUGGGAGGGUACGAUGGGAUUCGCCGGCCGAGGCGGAGUGCGAUUGCCGAGGCGAGUAUGCGCGCUGCGAGGCUGAUGACGGGGAGGGAUCCGGAUGUGGGUGUUGAUCCGGAGAGGAUUCGGGAGAGGUUGUCCGUGUGGAAGACGGAGGUCUUUGCGGUUGAUUUGGAGGGGCAGCAGAGGGAGGCGAGGGAGAGUCAUUGUGCCAUGAAGACAUUACCAUGGUAA